UUAAUGACAAAAAAUAAAAGAGAGAAUGAGAGAAAAUAUUAAUAGUAUUAAGGAAGGGAAGGAAGGAUGGCUCAUAUAUAUUCAUUUAUCAGAGACUCUCCUCACAUUCUCAUCUCUUCCAUCUCUCUCUCUCUUUAUUUUUGUUUCUUCUCUUUAUCGCCGCCGCUUCUGUUACCUUUGAGCCGAUUUCGAUGAGAAUAACGUCUGUGAAGAAGCCUAAGAUGGUGGAUGAGUGGGUGGAGACGGCUUUAACAGACGACGUUAUGUUGGUGGAGCUUCUUCUCCGACUCAAACACGCCGGAACUGUUAAAUCCGAUAAUCAGGCGGUUAAUCUACCUGAAUUACGGUGGGGGAUUCGUCAACGGCGGUCACGACCUUCGAGAUUAGGAGGGGUGGUUAAUGUUGGUGGCGUCGGAGGUUAUCUGAAGAAGGAAACUGAUUCGGCUAGAGCUAGUCCGAUGACUCCUUUAUGCUGGAGUGGCGGAUCUACUUCUCCUUCUACCGCAACCGCCGAUGGUUUUGAAGAUACUAGUCGUCUAGCUAGCUGCUCUACAUCCGGAUCUAAGGCAAUAAAUGAAUUCACCAGCUCUUGCUUUUGGAGAUCAAAGAAGAAGAAGAAGACAUCUUUCGAACUUAAAGAUGCAGAGCACUUGCAUUUGAAGGAAAGACUUGACCUUGAAAAGAAGAUUGCAAAUGUGCAAGCCACCUACUUUGAACGAAAUGCAAAGAACCAAAGCUUGAAGAGAAUUAAGCAUGCAUACGCAGAUCGAGGCAAGACAGAUCUGAUUAGUAGUAAAUCAAAUCUAGAAGAGUCUCGUAAACGUAGGCACUUACCGAUCAAAAACGAAGAGAAAGGUUUCUUCUUCCUCCCUGAUCUGAAUAUGGCUGCACCCACUGACGAAGACGAGACUCUGUACGGUACAAGCUAAAGAAAGCAGAAUAGCAGAUAAUAAAAAGAAUGGUGAUUUGCUUCUUUUUUCCGUACAAGUGGUCGGGGGUGAUCGAGUAAGCGAGUUCACCUGCAUGUUUUUAUUAUCACUCAAGAAGGGUAGAAAAAAAAAGGAAGAAAGAAGAAUGUAAUAAGAGAUUUCAUAUUCUCUCUUUUUUUUUUGGUUCUUGUCUUCUCUGUUUUAGUGGAACGAUGUUUCUACUUCUUGUUUUUAAGAAGUAAACGGAAAUUAAAUUAGGCUUUUUCACUCUAUGUUUUUUCCUCGGUCGUUGUAGUUAUAGUACGCAGUUCAAGAAAAAUAUAGGUAACUUAAAUGGACUU